UCCAAGUUUUCUGAACUUAAAAAAACAUUUUAUGUGUGGUUGCAGUACUACUGCAACAGCAACAUGGUUGCAUUAACAACGAAAGUGAUGUCUGUUAGCUGCUUGGUUUUGGCGAUCGGAAUUUACAUUUACCCGCGGGAUCAUGAUCAUUCUUUUGACUACUUCUAUUUGGCCCUUCAAUGGCCUGCAUCAGUAUGCCAUGAAGGUUCGAACGUCAAUUGUAUCAACCCGCUUCCUGGCAAUUUCACCAUUCACGGACUCUGGGCACAGAAGAAGAUCAAGAAUCAUAAUAAGCUUAAGUCAUACGAUUGCAAUAGUACUUCUACAAGAAAAAAAAUUUGCAGAAAGCAUCCUUUUAACUAUGACGAGCUGAAAAAUGACAAGAUGCUCAUGGAGAUGAUGAAUAAAAGCUGGCCGAACCUGAUCGAGGGUCGAAGCUCAUCACCAGAUCAUGAGCAGAACAAAAAGUUUUGGAAGCAAGAAUGGGAAAGGCAUGGCUGUUGCCUCUUCAAUUUCAAAUCUAAACAAAAAGAGUACUUCAAGAAAACUUGUGGAAUGUGGAAACAAGCCCCGCUGCUUGAAAUCUUUGCAGCACAUACAUUUUUCCAGGGAAUGACCAGGAAUUUUACAGUUAUUGCAAAAUGGUCUUUCUCACCUUGGAGAGCCAUGUGGUUUGGAAUUGUCUUGGUUAGAGAAGAAAGUGGAUUUUGCUGCUAAGGCAAGGGUAUCAUGUAAAGUGGGAGGAUUGGAAAGUUGCUUGCGUUUUUCUUUCUGUUGAACCAAGGCAUAGACUUCACUCAAACUUGGGAUGGGUUUAAUCAAGAUAAUUUGAGCUUUGAUAUUGGUAAAUGAAUCAUGAAGCCCCAUGAGAAACUUCAUGGACCAAUCAUGUUGCUAGUGCUCAAAAACAUUUUUCAUGGCACCACAGGUGCAUGAUGGGAGGGAUUCAAAAUUGAGAAGUUCAUCGAGAAGCCUUUUCAAUUUUGAGAAGUAGAGGCUAACAAAAUCAUCACCUUGAACAAGAGAAUUAAUGGACUGCUUGAGUUCAUA